AGACAUUGUGAAGUCACAGCAAUAAUUAGGUGUGCUGCGAGUGGAACAACCUUUCGUCGUUGCGCUGGAAGGGGAAAACUUGUGUCCCAGCAGCUAUCAUUAUCUUCAAUCCAACCGAUCUUCUCGGAAACGAAGCGAACGAAUCUCAUCCUCUUCUAGAACGGACGCGCGUGUGUUCUCGGCGGCGCAAAAGGUGCGCGCGAUCAUCAUCAUCAUCAUACGCCAACCAUUCUGGAACGCGCACACAAAUAGGCCACGUGUACCGGAGAGAAUCGAAAGUAAAACCUCACGCUACGUUACCGCCACCACGCACUCUGUGUUGUGAAUUUCCCGCGGGCGAUUUGGAAACGGUAAACCGCAACACACCACCACCACCAUCAUCACGAUCGUGUGGCACUGCCCUCUAAUUCCCUAAUGCGAUCUUGCUGUACGAGACGACGACGAAAGAGCUGAUAAACUUUAGGACGGCGAAAGGUGAAUGAAUUUGUAGCGGCGGCAAUCUGUGGUGGACCGAACCCGCCCGGUGUGUUUGUGUGUGGGACGUGUGGGUCCUCCAGCAUUUUCAACGCCACUCGGGAAGGCAGGGAACCGAGGGUGUCCGAAAACGAUUUCUCCUAACAUCACGGUCACGGCAGGAGGUGGUUUGCGACGCCGCCAGUCGACGGUCCGUAAGAUUACGUAGCCACACACAAAGGCAGCCGAGGCAGUCGAGCUGACCGAGCCAGCAAGCCUGCAACCUGUUUUCAAUCGCCAUUCCACUCGAUCGCGGGUGAGAGCGUGCGUUAGUGUCGAGCGUUCCUACCACGGGUGGAAGAGUGCGAUAAUUGAUGAGAUACAGUGUUUGUGGUUCGUGGAAGAGAUUUGAUGGUUUGAUGGUGCCCAGACAACAGUACGCCCUCGGUCGUGGUUUGAGUGGCGCCGUUGCGACAUUUGGAGACUGUGGAUCAUUCAAAGCCUUUGAUUCGUAAGAAGUUCGGAGGAUGGAUGUGUAGCGUUUGAUGAUCGUGUGGUGUUUUGUGCGAACGAACCUAUAAACUACCGAGUGAAACGAAGCUGUGUACAUUCCAUCCAAAUCUCCAAACUAAAAUCGAAAGCACCCGUUGGUCGGUACAGAACGAUGGAAACCAACCUGGUGCGCGUUCUCGAGGGUCAGUACCUGGACGAGCUGACGAGCGAGCUGUGCGAUUUUACGCUCGAGGAGCAGAAUGCGGCCACCGAAGCGCAGGGCGUGAAACCGCUCGCCUCCUCCGACUACAUACCGAUCGUGGGCAAAACGGUCACGUACGUCGUCGCGUGCGUGAUCGUGAACGAUCACGGCGAGGUGCUGAUGAUGCAGGAAGCGAAGGAAUCGUGCGCCGGCAAGUGGUACCUGCCGGCGGGCCGCAUGGAACCGGGCGAAACGAUCGUGGAGGCUGGCGUGCGCGAAGUGCUGGAGGAGACGGGCCUGAAGGUGGAGAUCACCACACUGCUGGCGGUGGAAACGGCCGGCGGGUCGUGGUUUCGCUUCGUGCUCACCGGGAACGUGAUCGGCGGGGAGCUGAAAACACCCUCCCAGGCCGACCAGGAAUCGAUCCAGGCGAAGUGGUGCCAGAACCUGAACGAACUGUCCCUGCGGGCGAACGACAUCCUGCCGGUGGUCGAGCUGGCCCGCAACUAUCGCAAACGGCAGCCGAAGGAUCCGAACUGGCACCGGGAGAUCUUGCCGGCCCGGAAGGCCCACUACAAGAACUACCUGCGGGUGGUGGUAGCGAUCAAGAACAAAAGCACCAACGCGGUGUACGUGCUGCUGAGCGAAAAGACGGCCUACCACUUUCCGACGGUGGAAAUCCACCCGGGUCGUAGCCUUCACUCCACGCUGAAGAAGUUCAUGAUCGAACUGUUCGGAGCGGAUCUGCCCCAGCACCGGCCGCACGGUGUGCUGAGCGUGGAGCACCAUACCAGCGGGACGCAGGCCAAUCCGACGGACGGGCUGUGCCUAACGGUGCUGGUCAUCUGCCGACCGUCGAUCGAGUCGGUUUCGCUGAUUGGGAAGUGCAUUUGGCACGAGCUGAGCAAGGAUUUGAGUGCUCGGCUCGCGGUGGCCGUGGCUGGCAAAAAUGCCACCUUUCAGCUGCACGUGGUACGAUAGUCGUUGUGGCGUGGCGCGGGUUCGUUUUGUAGGGUGGAGAGUCGUCUGUCGUCUGUACAUUUGCUUUUACGGUGGAAUCGGAAGUGAGCGGACUUGAAAAUACUCCUCUUUUUCUAUAGGUUUCGAAGGUAUUCGUUGAGCUUUACGUUGGAAAGCGUUGAUUUAUGUGUAGGUUGGUGCGAGCGGGGGAAUUAUUUGAAAGAAGCACAAGUAUUUUAAUCGUACGAUUUUUAUGAUAGAAGCCAAACAUAAGCCUACCUUAAACCAAGACACACACGGCAAUUUAAGUGCUACCAAUUUACAAGUGGUAAUUUUUAAAGAUGAAAUACAAAGUUGUUGAAUAAAACUAUUUAUUAAGUCAUGG